AUGGCCAAGGUAUUCGAUGCGACAGAAGUCGCAAAGCACAACACUCCUGAGAGUUGUUGGGUGGUGCUAUACGGCAAGGUCUACGAUGUCACCGAUUUCCUGAGCAGCCACCCCGGCGGUGCAAAGAUCAUUUUGAAACUUGCGGGACAGGAUGCCACCGAGGAGUAUGAUCCUAUUCACCCGCCAGGUAUAUUAGAGGAGGAACUUAAGCCUGAGGCAUUCUUGGGAACAAUCGAUGCCAGCACAUUACCAAAGGAGCAGGCAUCCUCUGAACCUCAAGAAGAGAUUGAGGGACCACCACCUAUGGAGAAUCUUCUCAACUUGGACGAGAUUGAGGAGGUGGCUACUAAGCAAGUGAGCAAGAAGGCUUGGGCGUACUACUACUCCGCAUCCGACGACCAAAUCAGCAAAAAGUUCAAUAAUGAGGUUUACCGGUCCAUCCUCUUGCGACCUAGAGUCUUUGUGGAUUGCACAAGGUGUGAGCUGGACACAACGGUCCUCGACCAUAAAUUGAAAACGCCUAUUUAUGUGUCUCCCGCGGCCAUGGCCCGUUUAGGUCACCCAUCCGGUGAGGCUGGCAUCGCGGAAGCGUGUCGUAGCUUUGGAGCCAUGCAAAUCAUCUCUAAUAACGCUUCCAUGACACCAGAGCAGAUCGUCAAAGACGCUGCUCCGGACCAAAUCUUUGGCUGGCAGCUUUAUGUUCAGAUUGACCGCAAAAAGAGUGAGACGAUGCUUGCACGCAUCCAGAAGCUCAAGGCAAUCAAGUUCAUUGUUCUUACCCUCGACGCCCCGGUUCCAGGAAAACGUGAGGAUGAUGAGCGAACAGGCAUGACUGGUCGGACCGCUGCCGUGCCCAGCGGCGUGAAAGCCGCCGAGCGCUCGUCAGAUGAUACCCCCAACCCCACCGAAGGAUCGGGAGGUGUCGGCCAGCAAUUGUUCGCAGGCACCGAUCCUUCCUUGACAUGGACAGAUACUUUGGCUUGGCUUGCCACUCAGACGGAUCUGCCUAUUGUUUUAAAGGGUCUGCAGACUCACGAAGAUGCAUACCUUGCCUCACUCCACGCACCUCAAGUUAAAGGUAUCAUUCUCUCCAAUCACGGAGGACGCGCCAUGGACACUGCCCCUCCGGCAGUUCAUACUCUCUUGGAGAUUCGGAAAUACUGCCCCGAGGUCUUCGACAAGAUCGAGGUGUAUGUGGAUGGAGGUAUUCGUCGCGGCACCGAUGCUGUCAAGGCUCUCUGCUUAGGCGCGAAGGCAGUUGGCCUUGGACGCCCGGCUCUGUGGGGUUUAGCGGCGGGUGGAGUCGAUGGUGUUCGCCGAACAUUGCAAAUUCUGAACGAUGAAAUCAAGACAUGUAUGCGACUGCUCGGAGUGGAGCGGAUUGAUCAAUUAGGGCUCCAGCAUAUCAACACUCGUGUUACUGAGCAGCAGAUCUACGAUGGUCCUACUGCCCUCGAACCCUUACGGCGCGCGUUCCGUGCGAGACUGUAG